AUGGGGUGGUGGCUCUUCCCCGUUCUGGCCCUCGCUGCUUUCCGGCCCACCCAUGCCGGGGAAACCACCUGCGAUGGAGUCUGCGGAAGGCGUCCCAUGGCGUCCAGCCAUAACCUCCUCCGGGUUGUGGGAGGCAGCAACGUUCUCCCCGGAACGUGGCCCUGGAUGGUCAGCUUCCAAGUCUUGACACGGGAAGGAUUCUCCAGUUUCUGUGGAGGCUCCCUGAUCAGCCCUCGAUGGGUCCUCAGCGCAGCCCACUGUUUUCAGAAACCAAAGGAAAUACCAUGGGUAAGACUGUCGAUUGGCGCCAUCAGCAUCUCCAACCCCGGCCCCAAUGCCCAGAGGCGCUCGAUCAAGAGGCUGGUGAACCACAAGCUCUAUAAGCACGAUUCCUACGGCAAAGUGCACAAUGACGUUUCCUUGGUGGAGCUGAACGAGCCAGUCAACUGCACAGACUAUAUCCAGCCAGCCUGCUUGCCGGACGACAGCGUGGAAGUUUCCUUGCUCAGUCACUGCUACGUCAGCGGUUUUGGAAUCAUGGACCCGAAAACGGGAAAUAUGCCCGACAUCAUGCAGGAAGGUUCUGUUGACCUCAUCCCCAAGGCAACUUGCAGUCGCCGGGACUGGUGGUCCAGUAAGAUCCUGAAGGAGAACAUCUGCGUUGGACGCUUGGAAGGAGGCGUAGCUACUUGCAAGGGCGACAGCGGCGGCCCCCUCAUGUGCCGGGAGAAGAGGUCCGAACGCUACUGGGUGGUUGGAGUUACCAGCUGGGGACCGUCCUCUUGCGGCCAGGCAAAGAAGCCGGGGGUCUUCACAUCCACGCAGCUCUACCUUGACUGGAUCAGGAAGACGACCAAAGAGGACUUUUCCCUACCCAGCCACCAACCGCCAAUGGCACAGCCCCGGCCUACGCCACAGCCGCGCCCACCUCUAAGGCCACAGCCCCAACCAGAACAAAAUGGGAAUGUGCCAUAUCCCAGGCCCCCUCCAGCAACCUGGUACACGACCAGAGCUAGGCUACCCCCCAAGACCACCCCUCAGAGCCCUCCUGCACUCUGGUAUACAACCAGACCCAAAUCCCGCCGUACACGGUGGCCCAAAAGAGGGGGUCCCAGGUCCAAUAUGUCUCCUGGAAAGGGGCCCAUGGGACCGGGUGCCUUGACUCCCCCCCAGCGCCCAGCCUGGGACCUAACACCUCCUCUGUGGUCCACGCGGCCAGUAAGGUGGCGCCUGAGGACAAGGGCCCCAGCUUGGCACAGGCAGAUUGGCACACCCCCGCCACGGAUUGAGUUCCAGGCGCUGAAGCCGCUGCCAGACCAAGUUGCGGUGCCACCCGGGAGCCAACUUUCUUACAAAUGUAAAUGCUCCUUAGCUCAGCCACAGGAAGAGUAG